AUGAAGUUGUAUUGGUUUGCUUCAUACAUAUUGGUUUACCUGUUGACACACAGUCACUGGAAUCUUGUGGUCCCAGUCAAAGCAGGUGAAGAAGAUUCGGCAUCAACAGCUGAUGGGACAUCAGGUAAUGCUAAUAGUGUUGAGGCUAAUAAUGUUUCAGCUGAUGCUUCCGAAGCUGAAGUUUCAGCAGAAGCUGGAGCCCCUGUUUCCGAAUCUUCUGAAGAUGUCGCUAGCACAUUAGCUCAACCAGCCAAUGCCGUUGCUGUUAAUCAAGUUCCAGAAAACCUUCGUGGCCUUAAAGCAUUUAAGGCUGACGCAGAUGGUAAUCCAGUAUUAAUGGAAGAUAAGGAACAUCUUUCGGAUGAAUUCAUGGGUACUCGUACUUAUGCUUUCAAACCAGAGCUCCCGUGUAUAUUAGUAAGGUUUAAUAACAUGGAUGUGUGGAAAAGGGGAGAGCAUAGUCUCGAAAAGCCUAAAUCAGUGACAUUUGAUGGUGUAUCUAAGGAAAUUACUGUUCGUGAUGCCUAUGAAUCAUUGUUCUAUAAAUUUGAUGAAACUAAAGUGUGGAAACAUGUUGGAACCAUAAAAAGAACAAAUGAGGCUAGGCCUGCUUCAACAGAUGCAAACCAAGCUAAUUCAGAAUCAUCUGAAUUUCCUGCUGAUCCCAACCAGGCAUCAAGUGUACCAGCUAACGAAGCUAAAGAAUCAGCUGAAGCUGGUUCGACAGAUGCAACUCAAGCCGAAUCUGGUUCAACGGAUACAAGUGAGCAAUCUAAGGAUGCAACACCUGAUGCUGAUGCAUCUGGCGGAUCUAGUACAGCUGCUGAUGCUGAUUCGUCUGGUGGAGAUGGUUCACCAGUUACAAAUGAACAAGACUCAUCAAGUGCACCUACAGAAUAA